GUUUCUAUCAGUCCGUCAGAAAGAGCGACAGGGUUGGGUGGGUCAUACAGUGAGCCUAGGGCGAGUGACGAAGCCCUGUGGUUACGAGAUCAGAUCUGAUGCGGUCGUGAGCUUAGGACAUUUUCAUAUUCCCAUCGAUCUCUUGACGAUAACUAGUCGCCGGUCCGAAAACCGGUCGUUCAGUGCGAAUUAGCAGUACAAAAGAGACUUGUGAUAUUUUUCUAGUAUAAGUUCCGGUAUUCAUCGGAACAGUUUAAAUUUUUUCGUAUCUAAAAGUGUACAAUAUAAGUAAAAAUUUGGAAAACAUGGAGAUCCUGCCGGUCACCAAUCAAUUUAAUGUGGGAUUCAACAGCGAAAAAGCGUGGAGCGGGCCGACAUGGCGGGAAGCGCCGGCGCCGGUGCCGACGGAAGCGGCGCUGGCCCAGAGGCUCGAGAGAGAACUACGAGCGGCCAAAGGAGCCAGCGAGCUCGCCACCGCGGAGGUCUUAGUGCCGGCGGAGCUGCUCGCGAGGGCGUCGCGGCAGACCCUCGCGCUAGCGGAGGGAGAGCCCUGUGGGUCCCGGGGCGCAGCCGUCAUCAUCGACGUCGCGGGACGAAGACUAGCAGCCUUCAAAAUAGACCCGAAUACGUUGACCACGCACGAAAUACAUCUACACCUUGAACACGACCCCACGAACUGGACGAGUCUGUUGCCGCAAUUCUUAAAAAAUUUAACGCGAGGCGGCACCAUCAUCAUCAGCCCCCAGUUCACGAUAGAGAAGAAGAAAUUGUUCAGGAGCCAGGCGGAGUGAUGGCUGGGCGCGAGCCGACUGACUGCCCUCCUCGAUCGAUAUCUACGUAUCGUUAAUUUGACAAAUAUCAAUAUUAUUAUAAUAAUAAUAUGUAUAUUAAUUAUUAUAUAUUUUUAAUAAGAGAAAAUCAAAAGCACAGCGUGAUAUGUAAUGUAUAGUGGUAGUGUAAGCGCGGAAGAGCGCGUCGCCGCCGCCUCCCGUAGUGAUGCGAAAUACACUUUACUUAUCGAUAAAGUGUCGAUGUUCGUGCUGGUCGGGCCGUCGGCGGCGCGCGGCGCGGCGGCGUGCGGCGGCGAGCGUCGAUCUCCCCUCACCCCUCUGUCGCCCGCCCCCCACCCGCGCGCCCUCCGCACUUACCUUCGUUCUAUGAUCAUUGUUUGUAUUUUAUUAUUGGAUGUUUGAAUGAUUGUGAAUCGCGAUGGUUGUCCGCGUGAGUGGCGCGGCGGCGCCGGUGCGCUCCCUAUGAUCUCAGUCGCCGCCGCGCGUGUGAUACUGAUAACCCUGAUAGGUUUAGUCUUAGGUAUUAUUUUUUUUUUGUUUGUUUCGAGUUUGAUUCUAUUCUGGAGUUGCGUAGAGUUUUGUAUUUUCACGUAUCGUAACUGUAUUUGUUCGGGGCGAUCGAUUCGGUCCGGAAAUGUGUACGUUUUUUUUUUGUAUUCGACCAGCGUAGGCAGGGACGUAAUGAGUCCGAGCGGCGUCAGGUCUGGCCAUUAAUAAAAUCGUACAUUUGUUUGUGAUACUACUUUUGUAAUGUAUAAAAUUUUAUGAUGAAAAAGAAAUAUACUUUAUAUGAACGAGAGAACACGCAUGCAGAUGUAGUAAUAAAGGCGUAGAGGGCGCAGUGAGCGGCGGGAACGCCUCUCCCCGCACCCCCUACCCCGUAAAGAUCUCAGAUUAUAUUAAUAUAGUUAUAUAUUAUAAUAAAAAAAAAGUAUUAAGUUAUUUAAGUUAAUAUAAAGAUUGUAAUUUUUUUGUAAUAUUGUUUUUUCUAAUGGCGCGCAUUGCCGCGUUGCGAGUCCAGUGGGUGCGAGUCGGUACUAACAGUACACGAGCGUGAAUGUGUGAUGACGAGGUGUCGAGCAGCAGUGGAAUGCAUUUCCUUGAACCAGUGUGUGAACUACAUUAAAUGUAUGAACGAUAGGCUCGCCGUUCCCGAACGGAAUCCACUGAAUGUUUUGUAUUCUGUAUAGGGUUCAGUGUUUUAAACGCACAAUAUCAUAGUACUAGAUGUGUCACUACUCAUCGAUGAAACAUGUAAAAAAAAUACCACGUUUACUUCUAAAAUGUCGACAUAUACAAAAGAACUAACAAUAAUGAUAAUAAGAAUAAUAAUAAUAAAAAUAAUAAGAAUAAUAAUAAUAAUUGUAAAAUGUGUAUAAUAUCAAUUGUUUAUAAUUGAUAUUUAUUUGAUAGACAGUAAAA